GCGAAUCCCGCGCCGCCGCGCGUCGAAGACUGAUCCCUUGCACCGAGCUUCUACACCUGGAAUGUCCAAUAUACCCCUGUUUCUCUCCUUUUUUUUUUUAUUUCGUACUUCUUACCCUUCGGAGUCGCCAUAUUUCUUCUUCUUUUCCUUCCUCUUUUCACAACUCUGACACUCUCAUCGUGUCCUCUUCUUCCCUUCAAUUCUUCAUUUCCCCCCCACCUAGAACCGUAACCCUAAACCACAAAUUCCGAUCCCAAAUCAGGCAACCGCAUCAGAAAAGUUUCCGAAUCCCCCAAUCGCCGAUCACAGUCGCGAUUCACUUUGCCUUCGUGAUUUGCUCCCCGCUACUAUGACGAAGGAAUUCAAUGUGCCACCCGUCAUCUUCCCGUCCGGCGGCAAUCCGAUUGUCACUGGCGGAGCCAAUAUGCAGCAGCGGCGAGUCCCCACGGCGCCGUUCCCUCCUCGCACUUCCAACGCCGGGAUCCCUUUCAUGUCAUUCGAGAUCGGCUCCGCUCCCACCGCCUCCUACGGCAGCGGCGCCAUCGGUGGAGGCCCCGUUCCCUCCGCUGCUAAUUUCGAUGAAGAACCGCCUCUUCUCGACGAGCUCGGUAUCCAUCCUGACCAAAUCUUGCGGAAGACGAAAUCGAUACUGAAUCCUUUCCGGGUUAAUUCCGACGUUCACAUGGACUCCGAUCUAUCUGGCCCGAUGUUCUUGUACAUCUCGCUCUGCCUUUUUCAGUUGCUGGCCGGGAAGAUUCAAUUCGGGGUGAUUCUAGGGUGGAUUGUUGUGUCUUCGAUUUUCUUAUACGUUGUUUUCAACAUGCUCGCGGGGAGGAACGGGAAUUUGGAUCUGCACUCUUGCACAAGCGUGGUUGGCUAUUGUUUGCUUCCAGUGGUGAUGCUAUCAGCAAUUUCUCUUUUCUUGCCGCAGGGCGGGGGUAUCAGGUUCGUCAUAUCUGGAGUUUUCGUGAUCUGGGCAACCAGGGCUUGCACCAAUCUCAUGGUGGCAGUGGCCAGAGGCGGAGAAGAACAUCGUGGGUUGAUUGCGUACGCUUGUUUCUUGAUUUACACUCUGUUUUCGUUGCUUGUGAUAUUUUAGAGCGCAGAACUUGUAGAUUAAUGAAAGUUCUCUUUGUUUUCUAGUUAAUGAAAUUUCAGUAGUGCUGGGAAUUCCUUUUCGCUGUUACAUGUGUUCAUGGCUGACUUUGGUCUUUCGUGCUUCUGAUGGCCUUAUAGUAGACGGAGUUGAUGAUUUUACCUGUAGAUGGCCUAAUUCUUAAUGUUGGGAAACGUCAAUGUUGUUUCUCUCUGUGGUAUUUUGCUUGGCACUGAACUUUUUUAUGGAGAUUCGAAAUGAGAAAGAAUUGUUGUAAUGCUGGUACCUGGUACUUGAUAUCGUCAUUUUUUGGCCUCAUCUACGUGUGAACUGAGAACUAAGGAUGACAAGUAGUUUGUGUUUUACUAAACUGGGAUAUACUACGGUUGAUAGGUUGCUGAGUUAUCUGUUCUUUACUUGCUUAUUAGAAUUGUUGUAUGAAGUGGUGCUCUGCUAACUUGACACAUUAUUUGGUUUGCAUUCUGACUUCUGCAAUAGGGAUUGCCUGUUUGAAGUAUCUGUCUUAUUGACGUACGCUAGAGUUUGUAGAAUUGAUUUAGGGCUUGCUGACUGCUAUGUGCUGAACGAUGGUUCGCUAGAUUUUGCUUGGUUCAGUGCUUGUGAUUGUUCUUGGGGUGUUCUAUAUUCUGAUCUGAUAGUGCUCCACUGGUUUGCUUUUCCUAUCCGUAGGCAUUCUAGUGUUUGUUGUGGGAUGGUGUUAGGUUUUCAUCGUAGGUUGACAUAGUAAUGUGUUACUUGACAAAGGGACGGAGCUGCCAUAUCCUAGUUAUUUCUCCAUCCUAGUCUAACAUGAAUUUCGGGUUAUCUUCUUUGCUUGUUCCUAAGCAUUAUCUGAAAACAUCUUUUGUUCAUGACAUCAGAACAGUCUGUUUUGUGAGAAUGUAGUUGGGAUAUAUGGCCUUGCUUUAGUUAUGAUGUACUGGUGCUAGGAACAAGGAUUGUUGUCUAAACAUAUAUUUUUUUGAGUUCGAAAACGUAGAAGUUUUAGGAUCAGUGUUUUUCGGAUGUUUUUUUUAUAUCAGGGGUAUCUUCAUUAUUCUUCCAUUUUUGCUUUAGCACAGAGUGCCUGGUCCUAGAUGAACCAGGAGUGAUCAACUGUGCCAGUUUUUUUAUUGUUGCACAACUCUAUAUGAUUUUCACUUGGCAAGCUAACUUGUAUCUUGGAUCAACGCAGUACAACUGUACAAUAGACAUGUUCUUUUGGGGACAUUCGAUAAAACUGGAACGAAACU